GGGCGGUUGCGGCGGGCUUGGCGGGCUGGGUUUCGCGGUCGUGGGGUCCAGCGGCCGCCAUGAAUUUCUCCGAGGUGUUCAAGCUCUCCAGCCUGCUCUGCAAGUUCUCUCCGGACGGCAAGUACCUGGCUUCCUGUGUCCAGUACCGGUUAGUGGUCCGGGAUGCCAGCACCCUCCAGACCCACCAGCUGUACACGUGCCUGGACCAGAUCCAGCACAUCGAGUGGUCGGCCGACUCGCUCUUCAUCCUGUGUGCCCUCUACAAGCGGGGGCUGGUGCAGGUGUGGUCUUUGGAGCAGCCAGAGUGGCACUGCAAAAUAGACGAGGGUUCGGCAGGGCUGGUGGCCUCCUGCUGGAGCCCCGAUGGGCGCCACAUCCUCAACACGACGGAAUUCCACCUGCGGAUAACUGUCUGGUCCUUGUGCACCAAGUCCGUGUCCUACAUCAAAUACCCUAAGGCUUGUCAGCAGGGAAUAACCUUUACCAGGGACGGCCGCUACCUGGCGCUGGCCGAGAGACGGGACUGCAAAGACUACGUGAGCAUCUUGGUCUGCAGCGACUGGCAGCUUCUGCGGCACUUUGACACGGACACGCAGGACCUGGCCGGGAUCGAGUGGGCCCCCAACGGCUGCGUGCUGGCCGCCUGGGACUCCUGCCUGGAGUACAAGAUCCUGCUCCACUCCCUGGACGGCCGGCUGCUGUCUACGUUCUGUGCUUACGAGUGGUCCCUGGGCAUCAAGUCCGUGGCCUGGAGCCCCAGCAGUCAGUUCCUGGCAGUCGGGAGCUACGACGGAAAGGUGCGGAUUCUUAACCACGUGACUUGGAAAAUGAUCACGGAAUUCAGCCAUCCCGCGACCAUUAAUAAUCCCAAAAUAGUGGUGUACAAGGAGGCCGAGAAGAGCCCGCCACUGGUGCUGGGCCGCCUGGCCUUCCCUCCGCCCAGAGCAGCGGCUGGGCCCCUGUCCUCCGCGGAGAGCAAAUACGAGGUUGCCUCGGUGCCGGUCUCCUUACAGACUCUGAAGCCUGCUGCCGACAGAGCCAACCCCAGGAUCGGCGUCGGGGCGCUGGCCUUCAGUCCCGACGGCUGCUUCCUGGCAACGAGGAGUGACAGUGUCCCCACCGCCGUCUGGAUCUGGGACAUCCGGAAGCUGAGGCUGUUCGCGGUGCUGGAGCAGCUGUCCGCCGUGCGCUGCUUCCAGUGGGACCCGCGGCAGGCCCGGCUGGCCAUCUGCACGGGAGGCAGCAAGGUGUACCUGUGGUCGCCGGCGGGCUGCGUGUCGGUGCAGGUACCAGGGGAAGGUGACUUCCAGGUGCUCUCCCUGUGCUGGCACCUGAGCGGGGACUCCCUGGCCCUCCUCAGCAAGGACCACUUCUGCCUGUGCUUCCUGGAGACGGAGCAGGGGGUCGGCACAGCCUUCGGGCAGAGGGGUGACCGCACAUAGGACCCGUGCAUGAUCAGGCCCACGUGGCUCAAGGUGGGAGACCUCGGCUUGUGUUGGCCGCGGGAAAGCAGAGCUUGGUGCAGGGUCUCCCACUGGGGUGGCCCGGAGGAAACGCUUUGCUUGUUUUUCUAUGGCAAGGCAUUUUUGUUAAUAUGUAUGGUAUAAAACUAAUUUUUGUUACUUAAAAUAAAUAUU